UCGGAAUGCUGAAGCAGAAUUCACUCAUUACUUUAAUUAAAACGUUACCAAGCACCUUCGUAUACCAAAAUAAUAGCUGUAAUCGAAAUGAAAUUACUUCUAUUUCUGGUACUCGCCAUCUCUGCAUACCGGUGCUUUGGCUACCCAAGAAAACCAAUAGAUUCUCAAUACGAAGUGAAAAACAAAGUGAUUAUUGUUACUGGAGCAGCUCGAGGUAUUGGUUAUGCAAUAGCCGAUAAUUUUCUCGAUAAGGGAGCAAAGAUCAUAAUCAUACUAGAUAUCGAUUUGCCAAAAGGACGAGACGCCGCGGCAACUUUAAAUGCAAAAUACGGAAAGAACAGCGCAGUUUUCAUCAAGUGUGAUGUCACGAAAGAUCUAGAUGAAGUCUCCCGACUAAUCUUAAAGAACUACGAUGUAGAUAUUUUGGUAAAUUGCGCAGGAGUGGUCGACGAAUUUGAUCCUAGAAAGACGUUGACGACAAACUCAAUAGCUCUUAUCGAAUGGUCCCUUAAGUUCAGAGAGUGCAUGAGAAAAGACAAUGGUGGAAAAGGCGGAACCAUUAUCAACAUUUCUUCUAUAUACGGGUAUACAAUAGACCCGUUCUUGGUUUCGUAUAAGGCGUCAAAGUUUGCUGUCUUAGGGUUUUCCAAAUCACUGGGUCAUGAAUUGAACUACAAGAUUACUGGAGUCAGGGUGCUCGUUAUAUGUCCCGGUGCUACAGAUACAAGAUUGGCAAAGAACGUUAAGGUAUUCCCCGAACACAACGAGCUAUUCACAAGGUCCACAGACAAAGCACAAAAGCAGAGUGCAGAUGCCGUUGGUAGGGGAGUCGUGGAAGUUUACAAGUCAGCUAAAACAGGUACGGCUUGGGACAUUAUUGGGGGGAGACCCCCUGUUGAAUCGCCUCUUGCAGCGUACACUUCCACGAAAGAAAUCUUGGAAAGUUAAAAAAAUUCUUUAACUAUAUUUUUCAUUUACUUUUUUAACCCUUUCAAGUGUACACUUAAGCUUAGAAUCUCUAGUUCUUUAUUGUCAAAGACAUAUAAAACACGCGCACAUAUCCUUGAUAUUACUUAAAUCUAUUGACUUUGAAACCUAUUCCACGCUUUGGGAUAUAACGUCUUAUCGAAUUGCUUCACGGCAAUCCUGCCCUUCAGAUCCGAACGCAAGACUGUUUCGCGGCAGAAAUAAUCAGGAUAAUGGAGCCUACUUGUGUUUAUUGUACACGUUACAGUUAUUCAAAACGACAGAUUUAAUAAAGACAAGAUUGAAUCUUAAAAA